GGGUCAUUAAAAAAUCUUAUUCGAGAACAGCCUGUAUGUUUAAAUGGAGAAUCGAAUUGACGCCUUGGACGUCUCGCCUCCAUGUUUCACCGUUUCUGUGAAAAAGGCCCUCAGAUGUUUUCUGCACCCAGGACUACUGUUGUUAAAAUAAACUAAAUUAAUUGUUAAAAUAGGCUAAUAUACCCCAGAGUCUCAGCUGUAUCGUUCGUUAUGUUUCCUUGAUGCUGCAAGCGACGUUAAUGGAGGUCCUCGGUGCACCAGACUCUAAAUUCCUCCUCACAACUGGAAGAAAAUCUGUUCUGUCUAUAAUUAGAUACGAGGAUGUUUCAAACAUUAUCGAGUGACAAAACGGUAUGGGUGCAGACUGAAAGGACAAGUUUCUUUUUUUGGGGGGGGCUCACGGGAUGGUCGUUUCCAUGGAGACGGGAUGCAGGAGCUCCGGCUGCUGCUGAGGCAAGGGGAAAAAAGAAGUGUGUGUGGGUGCUGCUUGUAGCAUCGGCCGUCAGAAGGUUGAACACGUUUGCAAAGAUGGUUACAACAGACCAUGGUGGAAUCGUGCACGUGUUAGAGAGCAUACCACAUUAAGACAGGUCAGGAAAUAACGCACAGCAUCCUUUGGUGCUGUUGAGCCGACCGCCAUUGACUCCAUCUCACCGGUGCGGAGGGCUCAUUGCUCGCGAUGUGAUGCAUCAAACCCCUCCCCUCUUUUCAAGAGGCAUCGCUGUCCUGAUGCUGGAAAUAUACACGUAGUCUACUGCCAUGGCGCCUAGGUUCCAGGUGAAGGUAAGGAUGCGCUGUCGCAUCGACUGUUUUACGCCUUCACCGCGCCGGGCUCAGCAUUAGCAGCGCACACUAUCAAUUGGAGAUGAAUCCAACAGGCCCACAGUGUGUCGCCUGCUGAGAUUGCAAUAGCCUGUAAUUGCGAUUGGCUGAAUUGCUAGACGAGGAGAGAAAGGCAGGCCGGAGUUGACAUUGGAGAAUGACACAGAGACACUGAAGUGGACUGAGAGAGAAAUCUAACAUGAAGAGCCUGGAGCAUGAGCUGCAUUGCCCUGUGUGUAAGGACAUAGUCAAACAGCCCGUGGUCCUGCCAUGCCAGCACAGUGUCUGCCUCAUGUGCGCAUCAGAGGUCUUAGUGGCAAAUGGCUACCCACCUCCAGAUCUUCCCCCGGAGCCGAACUCCCCAGCCUCCACACCCAACACCCGCUCACCUCGUCAGGCCCGAAGGCCUACACCCAAAGCAGAGCAGCGACCUAUUGACCGCGUGCUGCGGGCAGGUCCCCACCCACCGUCGCCAUCUAUGCCCCGGUCUCCAGGAUAUGGGACGUAUCCAGGGCGACGCCGCAAGGAGGGCCCGCCUCUGGUAAUGAUGUUCCCUUGUGUCCCCUGUGGCCGAGAUGUGGAGCUGGGAGAGAAGGGCCUCACUGAAUGUCUGCGCAACCUCACCCUGGAGCGUAUAGUGGAGAGGUACAGACACACAGUGAGUCUGGGCAGUGUGGCUGUCAUGUGUCAGUUUUGUAAGCCUCCUCAAGCUCUGGAGGCCACCAAGGGCUGCGCUGACUGCAGGGCCAAUUUUUGUAACGAGUGUUUCAAGCUGUAUCACCCGUGGGGGACGCCACGGGCACAACAUGAACAUAUCCAGCCUACACUCAACUUCAGACCAAAGGUUCUGACCUGCCCAGAACAUGACCAGGAAAAGCUACAGUUUUAUUGUAGGUCCUGUCAGCGGCUGCUCUGCCCUCUCUGCAAACUGCGUCGCAUCCACACCGGACACAAAAUCCUGCCAGUGGCCCACGCAUACCAAGCCCUGAAGGAGAAGAUUACGAAGGAGAUGAACUACAUUCUGUCCAACCAGGACACAGUUCUGGCUCAGAUUACCCAGCUGGAGAGUUCCAUCACUCAGACUGAGGUAAAUAGUGUGUCGGCCAGAGAGCAGCUGGCUCAGAGCAUCAGGGAUCUGACGGCUGCUCUCGCCGAGCGUCACGCUUCGCUCACCCAGGCUCUGGAGGCGGCGCGAAAAAAACGAGGCGAGGCGUUGGCUGCUCAAGUGGCGGAGAGACGGGGUUUGAUGGAACAUGCAGGGCUCAUGGCGUUUACCCAGGAGCUGUUGAAAGAAACCGACCAACCCUGCUUUGUGCAGGCUGCUCGCCAGACUCAUAACAGGUUCAGCACAGCAAUUGAGAAUCUGCAGCAUUUCACUCUGGCUGCUGAUCCAUCCUUCAGACACUUCCAGCUGGACGUCUCCAAAGAACUCAAACUCCUGACAGAGUUGAACUUCAUCCAGGCUCCCCUGGCUCCAGUGAUCGAUACCCAGCGCACCCUGGCCUACGACCAACUCUUCCUGUGCUGGCGACUGCCCCAAGAGUCUGCACCCGCUUGGCACUUCUCUGUUGAGUAUCGCCGUCGGGGUGUGGUGCCAGGAGGAGCCUCUAGAGGCGGGAUCAGAGGAGGAUUGGCUGCCGCUCGUUGGGGCUGGCAGCGAUUGGAUGAAGUGAGUGGGACCAGCGCUGUUAUUGACAGGUUGGAGAUGGAUAGCGUGUACGUGCUGCGGGUGAGAGGCUGCAACAAGGCGGGCUACGGGGAGUACAGUGAGGAGGUGUACCUGCACACCCCGCCCGCACCAGUGCUCAACUUCUACCUGGACUCUCGCUGGGGUCUCCAUGCCGACCGGUUGGUGGUCAGUAAAGAGCAACGUUGUGCUCGCAGUGUCCCUGGUCUCUCUCUGCUGCAGGCUGCUGACCACGCCCUCACUUCCUGUCACCUGACCUCUGACCUUCUGGUGGGGGAUGUGGCUAUUACACAGGGACGGCAUUACUGGGCAUGCUCAGUGGAGCCUGGGUCUUACCUAGUGAAGGUGGGAGUUGGACUGGAAUCUAAACUACAGGAGUGGUUUCACCUUCCACAGGACAUGGCCAGUCCCCGCUACGACCCAGACAGCGGUCAUGACAGCGGAGCGGAGGAUGCUCUGGACUCUGCUCCACCAUUCUGCUUCCUGACUAUGGGGAUGGGUAAGAUCUACCUGCCCCAGCACAACAACCACCACCACCACAGUAACCAUGGGAACGGUAACCGAGACCCCAUCACCAACGGCAACGGCCCCUCCUCACCCGCAGGCCUCACCUACCCGCUGCCGCCCCGGCUCGGUGUGUGCCUUGACUUUGAGAAGGGUCGCGUCACCUUCUACGAUGCCCACUCUCUGCGGCCCCUGUGGGAGGGUCAUGUGGAUUGCUCCGGCCCUGUGUGCCCGGCUUUCUGUUUCAUUGGUGGUGGGGCGCUGCAGCUGCAGGAGCUGGUAGCCAAUCGCAAUGCGGAUCAGACCCCAGUCAGAAGGGUAACCAUCCAACCCCGUGUCUCUAAUUUAAAUAACAACUGACAGCUGAUCUGAGGUCAUAUGGUAAUUUGGAAUGUAAUUGGUAAUUGUGAAGUAUUUACUCAGCUAGAGCGAAAAGUUAGACAUCUCAGCGAUUUUGUUUUGUAUUUGAGUUUCUUUGUAUAAGAAAACGUUUCUAUAGCAACAAAUAUGCAAUGUAAUUAAGUUUCUUACAUUUUUGUUAUAUGCAGUUUUGCAAGAGUUAUUGCUUAAGUAGUGUCUGGUGUAUCCAGCACUUAAUAUGUAAUUAUAUCUUUGAUGCUUGCACUUAUAGCCAAGCUAAAUUGCAUACAUUUAUAAAGCUUAUGUAGAUGCAGCACCAUACAAUGUCGUCCUUGCUGUAGAAGCUUUUACUGUUAAUUCAUGCCCUCAAUGUUAAGAGCUUAUGUUUAAGAGAUAUGAACACUAUGAGAGUAAAGACAAAGGCCUCGUCUAUUUUAUUGCAUCUAUAACUUGUGUUUAACCACACAGAUUUCUUUGCUGUCGCUGAACACUUUCCAGUCAUUCACCCAUUAUGAUCCCAACCAAAGUUAUUGUUUUUCUGGGAUGUAAAUGUGGUAAAUUAGAGAUAGAGAGGAACAAUGAGGCAAUACUGUAAUUAGAAGCUCCAAUUAUACCUCCACUGCACAGCUAAUCACUAGUUUCCGCGGUUUUGUUUGUGCAUUGCUGUUUUGUAUUUCAAAUACAUGACUCAGAUGUGUGUGUGCGAGCAUGUGUGUGUUUGCUUCCCUUUGCGCAUGGGUGCGUGUGUGGUUUGACUGAUAACAGCAUUGAUUCAUUGGCUGACGGUUAAAAGUUGUUUUCUAGCAAACAAUACUUUAGAUUGUUUUUUUUUUGUUUGUUUUUUUUAACCUUGCUUGAUUGUAAGUUAAUGAGCAGUGCUUCUUAUGAAAUGAUUAGCAGGCUAAAUCCAUGUAAACUUCACCUGCUGGCAGAAUAUUUGCAAAAGAAAAAUGGAUUAAGGAAAUAAACACUGAAUAAAUGCAAAUUGUUUAAAUUACAAAAUCACCUCCUGUUUCCUUUUGUUGUUGUUUCUGUUUAAUUCGAAUCUAUCAACCGUACAUAAUCACCUACUUCUCUGAGAGGAUGGAGCGUCACCAUUAUUCCACCACUAGGGUGCAGCAGGACAUAGCAGAACACCAGUGAUAUCCCCAACCUCAUCUCAACACAUUGCAGCUUUUGUAGUAGUUUUAUUUGGAAAAUACCCAUUUUUCAUACAAAAAAAGUUCUCCUUUAUAAGAUAUUGGCAGACAUAAAUUUUGAAAUGUGCUGUUAAAAAUUGGCAUCCUUUCCCGAAUCUCUUCCUAAAACUCUUACAGAUUUGCUUUUAUGGAUUUCUUACUUU